GCAUAAUGUGAACAUUUACUGGCAUUUAUGAAUCAAAACAUCAAAAUAAUCGAUACCAGGCUGUGCUACCGUACUGGCAAAACAAAAUGAAAACCGGGUAUUAACGUACCAAAAGUCACAAUCAUCUGACAUUGACAAACAACCACGUGUUGAAUCACUUUUGACUUGACAACUUGACAUUGACAUUGACGUAAAGUUGAUUAACUAACCUGCAAUCCAAAUAAAAAUUGAAUUUGUGAAAAAAUUCAAGUAUAUCUCCUCUUUAAAAAAAAAAAACAAUGAAUGCAUAUUAUGUUACGCAUCAUUUUACCUGCAUACCAAUUGAUUUACUUGUAACUAAUUUAGAUUGUGAUCCGUGCUGAAAUUAAACAUACUGCGAAAAAGCCAUCCAAGGCCAUGUUUAGAAAUAGAUUCGUCAGUGGUCUCAGUUAAAACUUCCGAGUUGACUAGUCGUAGUUGAGAUAUUGCCAGAAAAACAUUUUCCCAUUUUGAAAUUAAUUUUUUCUUUAAAUACAUUUCUAUUAGUUUCAAACUGUGUUUAAUUGUCUCUUCAAAUAUGAGUGUGUUAAGUAAAAUAAAAUUAGUGUAUGAUAACUAUCCUUUAUUAAGGGGUAUGGCAUCUUAUGGCGUUAUUUGGCCAAUUUCAAGUUUUAUCCAACAGACAUUUGAAACAAAAGACAGUGAUGAAGGCUAUGAUUGGUGGAGAUGUGCACGUUUUGGCUUAUGGGGUUCAUGUUAUGUUGCUCCUACUUUGUACACAUGGCUAACUAUAGCAAGUAUUAUGUGGCCUGGAAAUACUAUUCGUGCUGGACUUAUAAAGACAGCUAUUGAAACUGUGACAUACACUCCAUUUGCAAUGUGCAGUUUUUACUUUGGGAUGAGUUUGCUGGAGAUGAAAUCUUUUGAUGAAGCAGUAGCAGAAGUUAACGCAAAAUUCUGGCCUACAUAUAAGGUUGGAGCCUCCAUAUGGCCAGCUGUGGCUCUAGUGAACUUCUGUUUCAUUCCACCAAAGAACAGGGUACCUUUCAUCAGUGUGUGUAGUCUCAUGUGGACCUGCUUUCUUGCAUAUAUGAAACAUCUUGAGAAGGAAGAUAUACCUCAAAGAGCAAAACAAAGCAAUGUUAAAAUGCUGAGUAAUAUAUGAAAAUUGUUACAUGUUACACCAAUUUAUUUAUUUGACAAUAUUUAUUAGACGAUUUUUUUGUUAACAGAUAGAAUAUCAGUAUUAGAAUUUGUAAUUUGGUUAUGCUAAUGUGGCUUGUUUGUUUUGUUUUUUAAGAUUGUGGCAUUUUGGCAUCAAGAUAAAUUAUUGUUUUUAAGUAUUACAAUAACAAUGAUUCCAAUUGUAUGACAUUCUAAAAGUAGCAUAAGAUGUAUUAUACUACACUUGGUUGAAUUUAAUAUAUAACUCAAUCACAAGUUUAGUAUUAAAGUUCCUUCUAGAUAAACGUAAUGUAGUCAUAGUAUUUCAGAUUGUAUUUCUACAAAGUAUUAUAAUUAAAGUUAUUUAUUUCUGUUGUAAUAUGAGUGUUGAAAACACCUUAACAGAUUAAAAUUUUGG